AUGGUCAGAAAUGUAUCCGUGGGAGGGAACAGCACAUAUGUCAUCUUUAAUGACCUGGCCCCUGGAAGCCACUAUACUGCUUGGGUUGCAGCUAUUGCUGGGCCCCAUAAAGCAACAGCAAAAAGCAUCUCUGCCUGGACUUAUCCCAUGGCUCCAUCUAGUGGGAAUUUGUUGAAUCAAGGCAGUUCCUUCAUGCUUCAGGCUCACUGGCAAGAGACAGCUGGGACUGGUUAUGUGACAACGUUGUAUACCAUGAAGCCCCUUGUUAUGUUGCAAAACAGUUCAUUGCCUAAGCAGUCCUCCAUCCAACUUUAUGAAGGGUUAAGACCAGGCACUCAAUAUGCCUUGGAGAUCUGCACAGUUGCAGGCCCCCACAUUUCUCUACCGCUCCAUCUCAACAACUGGACAUAUCCUUUGCCUCCAGAGCACCUGAAACUCAGCAAUGAUGGUCAUAGAAUGAGGUCGCUCCAUGCUUCUUGGCAGAAUCCUUUUAAAAGCGGAGGCUUCUACAUAGGAGUUCUUCUGGAAACCAAGUCCCAAUUAGUGAUAAAAAAUUUGACCCUGGCAGAGGCUAAUAUCACCUUUGAAAUGCUCAUUCCAGGACGUCAAUACACUCUGAAGUUGGCCAGAGUGGCUGGAUCAUUUCAGUCUCAUUUUCAAAUAGUUAGUGACUGGACAUAUCCUUUGGUGCCAUCAGGAGUGACGCUGGCCAGUAGCAGGCGGUCCAGCAGCCUUUUUGCUUCUUGGGGCCAGCCUCUAGGUGACAGAGACCAGCUCUUCCUGCGAUUCUUCAGUCUGGAACAUCCGUUGCAGAGGAAUAUCACAAUUGGGCCAAGCAUGCUAAAUUUUACAUUUGAAGGUCUUCAACCUGGCAGUCAGUACUUACUGGAGGUUACAGCAAUGGCAGGACCAUACCAAGCUUCAUCUCAGGUGGUUUCUGCAUGGACAUAUCCUCUAUCUCUGGCAAAUGUGAGUGUGAAAGGAAGCCAGAAUCCCCAGCAAUUGAUUGUGAGCUGGAUUGAAUCAGGAAGAGGACGAGGAUAUUGGGUACAGCUCUAUUCGGAGGAAUCCCUGUCCAUUAUCCAGAAUGUGUCUGUACCACAUGGAACUACACAGGUGACUUUGGAUAAUCUGGUGCCAGGAACUCGGUAUCGUGUUGAAAUUGUCUCCAGAGCUGGACCUCACUACAUUUCUUCCCAAACAGCCAUUGGCUACACAGUGCCCUUGUUGCCACUAUCUCUGAAAGUGAUCAGUCACAGUUCUUCAGUGUUAUCUGUGCAAUGGAAGGCCCCAGCUGGGCAGAGAGAUGGUUAUAUGGUGUCUGUAUCUAAAGAGGGAUCUACAGAUACCAGUAAUCACAUGUUUGUGGGGAAAACCAGCACCAAUAUUACAAUUGUGGGGCUAGCCCCUGGAACCUGCUAUCUGAUUGCGGUGUGGUCACUGGCUGGACCCUACAGCUCUGCUUCUAGGAACAGCUCAGCUUGCACAGCCCCUGCUGCUCCUAUGAACCUGAUUCUGAAAAAUAUGGGCAAUUCAUCUGUACUAUACACAUCUUGGACUGAACCUCCAGGAGGACGAGACCACUAUAGGAUGAUCCUGUAUAGCCUGGAUCCUCCAGGCAUGAAGAGAGUUCGUGUCAUUGGCCCAGGGGUCCAGGAUUUCCUUUGGACAGGUUUGCCAGCAGGAGGCCAUUUUGCUGUGCAGGUUAUUUCAGUGAAAGGACAUGCUGAGGCCUCCUCCACCAUUGCUGCUGAGUGGACAUUUCCUCUGCCAGCUUCCUCUGUGCAAGUCUGGAAUGGAGGAUACCCAAACAGGCUGCAUGUGACUUGGGCACCAGCUUCUGGAAGACUGGAUGGCUACGAACUGAAACUGUACUAUGCAGGAUCCAGCACUUUAGCAACACAAGCACAUCUAGGAAAGGAUGCCACUGAUUUUACUUACUCAGGUCCUCUACCUCCUCGCAAGGUGCUUCUGUCAAAUAAAGGGCACACUGACAAGCUGAGUGCUACCUGGGAACCUCCUGCAGGAGAUCAAAGUGGCUAUGUACUUACACUCUUUAAUGCUGCAUUGGGCACUGUGGUAGCCAAGGUAUCUGUAGAAAAGGACAUUACUAAUUUCACUUUUGGAAGGCUCAUCCCAGGAAGUAAAUACUUGCUGGAAGUUGCUUCUAUAGCAGGGCCAUAUCGGAUAUCAUCAGGGAACACCAGUGACUGGACAUACCCAUUGAUUCCAAGGAAGCUGUCUGUAAAGGCUGAGAAGGGAAAUCCUGCAUUGUCUGUGGCCUGGGCAAAACCUGUCAGCAAACCUGAGCGCUGCCAGCUGCAGCUGUGGCAUCCAGAAAAUAGCACCUUGUUACAGCAUCAUACCUUGACUCAGUGGCAAGUCCGGCAUAUUUUUCAGGGACUAGUUCCAGGGAGAAAUUAUUCUGUAUCCCUCACCUGUGUUGCUGGACCAUAUAAGAACAGUUCUGAAAUGAUAGUUAUGCCAAUAGAACCUAGUCAUGUGAAGAACCUGCAAUGUCUACCGGACACCACCAGUAUGUUUCUAAACUGGACCAUCAUUGAGAAUGACAUUAAAUCUUAUGAGCUGACUGUGAAUACAUUUCCAAAGGGAGUCCUCCAACAACCUGUACUAGCUUUGGUUGUUUCCCAAACUAAUGUUACUCUGGUAGAGCUGACUACAAAUACCUCCUAUCAAAUCCAAGUUAAUGCUGUUGGCAGGAAUGACAUAAAGGGCCCAUCUGUGACAAUAGUGUGCAACACAUCUGUGGAAGUUCUUCCACCUCCUGUGAGAAUGGACCUUCCCCAGUUUGAUGCCAGUUCCAGAAUCAUCAUUUCUCCUGAUAUGUUCAGUGAAGAAAAUGGUCUCAUAGAGUAUUAUGGAAUUGUUGUCACCACCAAUGAGUCUUUACUGAGGCCUACUCAAGAAAUCAUUUCCCACACGUGGUAUGACCACUAUUAUGGGCAGGAAGACUCAUAUUUGGCUGUGCUGCUGCCAAACCCAUUUCAUCUUAAUGAGAGCACCAGCCUCAAGGCUUGGCCAGUGCCUGUGGGUGCAGAAGAUUGCAGCAACUCCCGAGCAACUUGUAAUGGAAUGCUGAAAACAAAUACACAGUACAGGUUCAGUAUUGCUGCAUUCACUAGAUAUAGCCAACAGACUCCAAAAGUGUCCUUCACAGCAUUCUCAGCAGCAGCUGCUUCAGCAGAUUCUGCAACUUUGCCUGCCCCAGUUGUGGCUGGAAUCAUUAUGGGAUUCCUUGUGACAGUCACAGCCAUUUCUGUAUGGAUUUAUUGGAAACAUUUACGAACAAGAAGGAAUACCCAUCGGCCAAUCCCUCUGCAAAGUUUUAGACAAUAUUAUGAGACAAGGACAGCAAACUCAAAUAAUGGGUUCUUUCAGGAUUUUGAGGAGCUGAAAGAAGUUGGAAAGGAACAGCCAAAGACAGAAGCUGAAGUUCCAGCCAAUGCCAUCAAGAAUCGAUAUCCUCAUGUUCUACCAUAUGACUAUUCUCGAGUGAAGCUGAGCCUGCUGGAUGGACAACCCCAUUCUGAUUAUAUCAAUGCCAACUUUGUGCCAGGUUUUAACUCCCCACAGGAGUUCAUUGCUACCCAAGGACCUUUGAAAAAAACUCUGGAUGAUUUUUGGAGACUGGUAUGGGAGCAGAACAUCUGUACUAUUGUGAUGUUGACAGUGGGCAUGGAGAAUGGACGGGUAUUAUGUGAAUACUACUGGCCAACAGACAUCUCUCCUGUCUCUUCUGGAGAAAUUAGCAUUCAUCUGCUUGCUCAGAAUUUUGCUGAUGAGUGGACAACACGGGAAUUUAAAUUGCAGCAUAAAGGACUAAAUAUGGAACGAAGACUGAGUCACUUACACUACACAGCAUGGCCUAAUCAUGGUGUUCCUGAGUCUACCAUCUCCAUGAUUGCUUUCAUAGAGCUGGUACGAGCACACAUGCAGAGUGUAAAUGAAUGUGGACCUAUCCUGGUGCAUGGUAGUGCAGGAGUGGGCCGCACAGGCACCUUCAUUGCCCUUGAUCGGCUCCUACAGCAGUUAAAGCAUGAGAAGCUGGUUGAUAUCUUCAAUACCGUUUACAGUCUUCGAAUGAAUCGGCAUUGCAUGAUAGAGACGCUGGGGCAAUACAUUUUCCUGCAUAGCUGCAUCCUAGAGAAGAUCUCUGAAGAUCCACUCAUUGGCCUGUCAGAGAUCUCUCAUCCAGUCUCUCUCAAAAGUUUUGCUCAGCAUCAUGCAAAAAACUGUUCUCAGUCCAAUGCUGGCUUCCUAAAGGAAUAUGAGAUGCUCUUGGAAGUUGCAAAAGAGGAAAUAAAUUCUGCCAUACCACCCUCUGUCAAUCAGCAAAUCAAUCUCGGCUCCAGCAAGAUUCCAUAUGAUCGCUCUAAAGUGAAGUUUUUACCACUGGAUCGAGAUCCAUUCUCAGAUCUUGCACAUGUCUGGUUUAUCCCUGGCUGCAAUUCAGCCAAGGACUAUAUUGCUAUAGAUGGACCUGACAAGCUGGCCCUGGAGGAAUUCUGGGGACUAGUCUGGGAACGUGGUGUCCAUACUAUCAUCACUUUACUACCUAAGCAGAUGAAUAGUCCGGCUCCAGAUAAGUCAUGCUGGCCAUCAGAGGGUGAACCUGUCUGCACAGAGAUGCUCACCAUACAGCAAGGGCCUGAAAAGAUUAUUUCAGGAUGGCCUUGUGUUCAGCUCAGACUAAAAUAUGUACGUGAAUUGGUUGGGAGGGGAAAGUGAACUGUCAUGGAAACACGAACACCAAGGCACAGAGAGGGCUUGCUGGCACAGCAUGUGGAAGUUUAAAAUGAGCUUGACUAGAGAUGCUUGUGAAUUAACUAAAUUUCAGAGGCUGAAGAUGUCAACUUCCCUCUUUCCAGUUUGUGGCUCAUGGUGGUAAAUGGACAUGUUUUUAUUCUUCAGACAGCACUUCAUUGUAUUUGGAAUUGCCAGUCAAGGCAAAGCUAGGAAGAUAAUGUGGGAGAUGUUAUAUUUUCUUUGAAGGAGCUCAAGUGUUUUUUUUUCUUGGAGGAAUUAAGUGGAUCUGCUCAUACUUAGAAACUAAUUACUGUUUUAAGUGAAGAACACCCCUUCCCCAAGAUCUAAUAACAUUCUGGAUUUUGGGUUCUUUUUAUUGUUUUUACAUGCUUAGACUCUUGAAGCUUGGUUUUAUUGUAUGUGAUUUGCAUACCUUUGUCUUGUGAAUAUAUAUGCAUACACACACACACACAUAAAUAUUAUAUACACAACAGACAGAACUACAAGUUCUGAUUAUGUUUAAUGCUGGUUGGAGAUAGAGAAGUAAAAGCCCCAAUAGCAGUUGUUUCCAUGUGAAGGGAAAGUGAAAGUAAAUGGAAUCCUGUAGAAUUAGUCAAAUCCUGAUUCUCCUUAUGGUGAUGAACGUGCACUGUCUCUAUUUCUUUUGAACUCACAAUGUGCUUAUAGCUUACUCCUUCUCAGUGUACAUAGGUUUAUGAGUUACACUGAAUUUUUAAUUCAUGAGCUGUGCUUUUGCUGAUGAUGUUUUCAUUACUUUGUCAGGAGAAAAAAGCAAAGGAAAGACUGUUGCAACAGUUUCGAUUUCCUUUGGGGGAAGGAGAAGAUUUGCCAGAUCCUGAGGUUCUGGUGGGCUUUCUCACUGUUGUCAGACAGCUAGUGCCGUACCGGAAGAGGACCAGCCCUUUAGUUCUGCAUUGCAGGUAAGAGCCCAAAUCCCAUCCUGGGUCAAGGGUAUCUUUCUUGGGUAUCAGUCUUGGAUUGGUAAAUACCAAAUACUCAGUGUUGUCUGGAUUGGUUGUCAGUAUACAGCAAUUAUAUGGCAACCUCUCACUACUACUUCU